AAUCAUGCGACGCAGCGUCACAUAAAGAAACACAGGUGAGGUCACGGCGUCACAGCUGGACAGUACAAGCCAACGAGCUUCGGUCUGUCACGUCCUGAAAACAACAAGUCUAGUCAGGGAAAGAUUGGACACAGUUUUAUGUUCCUCGAAUAUAAAAAAGGGAACUGACGCUGCAUCACGGAUAAAACAGACCGAAGAGGAACGAGAGCAUGUUCACUUGGGUCAAUAAGGAACAGGGUGGUAGGAACAAGGACGGCGAUAUGUUUCAAACAGUUACAGAAGGACUCCAAAGUCUUUAUACUAAGAAACUGUUGCCUUUAGAGGAAACGUAUCUUUUCCAUGAUUUUCACUCGCCGGCACUGGAAGAUGCGGACUUCCAAAGCAAGCCGAUGGUGUUGCUGGUUGGACAGUAUUCAACAGGGAAAACCACCUUCAUAAGGUAUCUUCUGGAGCAGGAUUUUCCAGGGAUGAGAAUUGGCCCCGAACCAACGACAGAUGGAUUCAUUGCUGUGAUGUAUAAUGAGAAUGAGGGGGUCGUCCCUGGCAACGCCUUGGUUGUUGACCCCAAGAAACCUUUUCGCAAGCUGAAUGCAUUUGGAAACGCCUUCUUAAACAGGUUCAUCUGCUCACAGAUGCCCAACCAGGUUCUGCAGAGCAUUAGCAUCAUCGACACACCGGGAAUCCUUUCUGGGGAGAAGCAGCGCAUAAGCAGAGGCUACGAUUUCUCUGAAGUUCUGCGUUGGUUCGGGGAACGAGUGGACCGCAUCAUCCUCCUCUUUGAUGCCCACAAACUGGACAUAUCUGACGAGUUUUCCGAAGCCAUCAAAGCUUUCCGCGGACAGGAUGACAAAAUCCGUGUGGUGCUGAACAAGGCCGACCAGGUGGACACUCAGCAGCUAAUGCGGGUUUACGGUGCCCUGAUGUGGUCACUGGGAAAGGUAAUCAACACGCCAGAGGUUGUGAGGGUCUAUCUGGGCUCCUUCUGGGCCAAGCCUCUUCAAAACUCAGAAAACCGUCGACUGUUUGAAGCUGAAACGCAAGAUCUCUUCAGGGACAUUCAAAGUCUGCCUCAUAACGCUGCCCUGCGUAAGCUGAACGACCUCAUCAAAAGAGCCCGUCUUGCUAAGGUGCAUGCUUACAUCAUCAGUUACUUGAAGAAGGAAAUGCCGACCUUGUUUGGCAAAGAGAAAAAGAAAGAGGAGCUGAUCGCACACCUCCCUGAGAUCUAUCAGGUGCUGCAGAGGGAGCAUCACAUCUCACCUGGGGAUUUCCCUAACGUUAAUAAAAUGCAGGAGCAACUCCAACACUACGAUUUCAGCAAAUUCCCUUCUUUGAAGAUAAAGUUGAUUGAAUCUGUGGACAGAAUGCUGUCCACCAGGAUCUCCAGCCUGAUGAACAUGAUCCGAGAAGAGGAAGGCAAACAGCCACCGCAGAAGGUAACGGGCGGAGCCUUUGAGGUCUCCAGCGACGGGCCUUUCGGCCAUGGCUAUGGGGAGGGUAUCAGCGCGGGUGCCGACACUGACGAUUGGAUUGUGAGUCGCGACAAGCAUCGCUAUGACGAAAUCUUCUUCACCUUGAUGCCUAUAAAUGGUAAGGUGACUGGCAUCAACGCCAAGAAAGAGAUGAUGAGUUCUCGCUUGCCCAAUACUGUACUUGGAAAGAUCUGGAAGCUUGCAGACUGUGAUAAAGAUGGGAUGCUGGAUGAUGAAGAAUUUGCAUUGGCCCAGCAUCUUAUUAAGAUCAAACUGGAGGGAUAUGAGCUGCCCACAGAGCUACCGGUUCACCUCGUGCCUCCGUCGCACAGGAAGAACCCCACUGCGGAUAUCUUAUACAACCACCAGGAGGAUUGAUCACCCAAUAACUUUAUCACCCAAUUGGUAGCACAAAAAAGCUUAAAAUCAGAAAAAAAGUGCAAAUAAAAACUGUUGAAUGUGAGAUUUUAUUGAAGUUUUAUCUUGUAUUCAACAACACGCUGACUGUCAUAAUUAAGCCUUCACACAAGAAGAAUUAUGCCAAAUAUGUAUAGCUAGCUGCAGAAGUUAAUGAAUGAUGUUAAAUAUGUUUGUAAACUCAGUGUUGGGAAAUAACUUUAAACUACUUACAUUUCAACAAAAUCUUUGUCAUAACCUUACUGUAUAAAGCACCAUCGGAGGGCACUGACAAAAUAAACACGUUUUAGCCAUUUUGACAUACAAAAGCACACAGAUGUUAUUUAGAUUUUCUAUAAUUGUUUUAGAGAAACAAGACUAUAAAACAGUUAAGUUUGUGGAUAUGGAUUUUCCCUUGAUGGCACAUCUGUUGUAUGAACUGGAAAAUAUUUACUGCAACCUGAAUUAGAUGCAUUUUGUAAUCUGGGUGAAUAGAGACAGUAUUUUGUUUUUAUGGUGCAUUAAAUCUAUACCCAUAAUUCUCAAAUAUUUUAGAUUUUUUUGUGUUUGGAUAAAUUUCACUCAUUUUUCACAAUGGGUUUCAGUUCUUAAUUUAAUGACAUUGUGUGUGCACUGUAAAACGGGAAAAGUUGGAUCAACUUAAAAUUUUCACCUAAACAUAUUAGUUGAAACAACUUAUUUUUUUAGAUGUUACCAACUGAAGUAUUUUUUUUAAGUUGAUCCAACUUUUCACUUUUUUCUGUGAUUAAAUAUGGAUACAAAUGGCUGUUUUCAUUGUAUAUUCUUGCACUGUGAAAAAUUGUUGGUUCAAUGAAAAAAUAAGUUACCUGGUUGCCUUAAAGUUUUGAGUUAAUUUAACUCAAAAAUACACAAUAUUUUUACACAAAGAGUCAACUAAUAUUUUUUAGUCAAAUCUACUUAAAAUUUUAGGGCAACCAGUUAACUUACUUGAACAAAACAAAUCCUCUUUUACAGUGUCUCUUACUGUGGGUUUACCCCAGACGCGUUUGAGGUGUAAAAUUUGCGUCUACCGCUUGAACACUUCAACAUUUUGAGUGUACUCGCUUCAUUUGUGCGUGAAAGCCGCGCAUGAAAUCCCAGUCAAUGAGACAUUCACGUGGAAAUUUGCAUCAUGGGAAGGGCCUUCAGCGACUCCGCGCACUUCCUAUAAUCACGUCACUACUAGAGCAAGCUGCUGAUUAGUUAAUGCGGCACGUUUUUCCGCCAAAGUUCAGAUUUUUAAACUUGCGCGUUUCCACCUGGGUGUGCAUUAUUUUUGAAUAAUUCAAUGGCCCGUCGUCAAUUAUUCCUUACAAAUUUACUUUUGAGAACAUUAAAGUAAGGGAGUCUAGUUACAUUCUAGUUACACUCUAAAAGAUGCUUGGUUACUUUCAACCCAGCUUUGGGUUAAAAAGGGACGAGCCGAGCCACUGGGUUAAAUUAACUUUUAUAUUUGAUUUAAUAUUUUAAUUAAAUUCAUUUUUAUGUUUGACCCAACAAUGAGUUAAAACAAUCAAGCAUUUUGGGUUGAAGCAAACCAACAUACUGUAGGUUAAAGGGAUAGUUCACCCAAAAAUGAAAAUUCUGUCAUCAUUACUUACUUUCAUGUUGUUACAAACCUUAUGAACACAGAAGAAACUAUUUUAAGGAAUGUUUGUAAUCAAACCAAUCCGAAGCCCUAUUGACUUCCAUAGUAGGAAAAAAUAAUACUAUGGAAGCCAAUGGGGCUUCUGAUCGGUCACACUUUUGAAUAUUCGUUAAAAUAUUUUCUUCUGUGUUGAUCAGAACAAAGACAUUUAUGCAGGUUUAUAACAACAUGAAAGUAAGUAAUGAUGACCGAAUUUAAAUUUUUGGGUGAACUAUCAAAAAAAAAACAUACGGUUUUGGUUUGGCCCUUUUUGAUCCAACACUGGGUUGAAAAUAACCCAGAAUGUUUUACACCAGACGUGGUAAAGGCGGCAAAAAUUCGCUAUUUGCGCAUAGAUGGACGCUUGAACAUUUCGCACAUAAAAGCCGUGCAUGAAAUUCCAGUCAUUCACGUGGAAAUUUGUGUCAUGGGGAGGGGCUUCUGCAACUCUGCUCGCUUCCUGUAAUUAUGUCACUACUAGAGCAAGCUCCUGAUUGGUUAACGUGGUGCGAAUAUCCGCCAAAGUUCAGAUUUUUCAACUUGCUAUCAGACCUUGCUAUCUGCGCCGUGCGUUCCACACCUAUCGCGCUGCACCAUUCGCACUUACCGCGCCGCAGGAUGCCUAUUCGCAUCUUUGCAUUAACUUAAAAUGUAAAUCAUUAACGCUUGCCACCUCCUCCGCGUCCGGUGUGAACGCACAGUUAGAGAGUCGUGUUAAAAGAUCAGUUUUUAUUAUGCUGUAAAUACAUGUUGAUAAAUGUAAUUGUGUAUGUUAAUCACAGUGACACUAUAACCGUAUGUAUAUUUUAACUAUUAGAGAUCAGAGGUGGAAUACAUUAACUGGACUGUGUGACUAUGUGACAUGAGGUCAGAUCUGUUGGUGAAAACGUCUCUCCUCAACAUGCAGUAAAUGAUUAGUGAGUCUGUGCAAGAAAAUAGUAAAAAAUAAGAUGACUGUAAAAAUACUAUUGUCAUACUGUUGUUUUAUCGCUCGUGUCUGUUUAUAUUUUUGACUUUACACUUUGCUUCGAAAUGUGUUUUCUACAUAUGGUUUAAUGAGUUUUUGAAAAUAUGUGGUGACGUUCAGCCACCUGUUAAUGUGUAAUGCAUUGUAAAAAAGAUGACAAUUUUAUACACCCUUUUAUAUGGAAUAAGGGAAUGCAAUAAAUAGUACAAAAA